AUGGGGUCACAGGGUUGCGAAUGCUAUGGGGUCUCUUGGUGCUAUGGGGAGAGGAGUCAGUUUUGCGGAACGGAGUUGAUCGAACUGUGGGUUGUGACUACUAUGGGGUCUCUUGGUACUAUGGUGAACGGCCAGAACCUCAAGAUCCUCGGGUUGGUCGAGGGAGACGCAGGAAUGUACCAGUGCGUGGCGUCCAAUGCAGCUGGGUCGGCACAGGCCAGCGCCCAGCUUAGGGUCCUGAAGUCGAACAUACCAGAGAGCCGAACGCACAAGACGACGCCCGGCGCGGAAACGACAGAACGCGAGGAAGACGAAGAAGAAAGAGGAAGAGGAGGAGGAGGAGGAGGAGGAAUAGGAGGAGGAGGAGGAGGAGGAAGAGGAGGAUUUGAGGAAACAGGAGGAAGAGGAAGAGAGGAAGAGGAGGAGGAGGAGGAGGAGGAAUUGUUGCCUGACCAGCCGUCCUCUCCGCGGCGAUUGCAGGCGAUUAUUGCAAGCAAUCGCUUCAUCACCCUGGCCUGGCACGAACCGAGGCUCAAUAACGAGCACAUCGUCGGGUAUUCCGUUUUCUAUCGCCAGGAGGGGUCACUCAGAGAACGCGUCCAGAACGUGAGCGCCAGUUCGUCCAGCGAGGGCCUGGACGAGUACAAGACGCAGAUCGGGCAGCUGAGCCCCGGGACGGAAUAUUUGGUCCGCGUCGUGGCCCACAGCUCUAAGGGCGGGCCGGGGCUGUCCAGUGGCGAGGUCCGCGUGAGCACCAAGCCCGACCUGGACCUCCCCCCCGCCCCCCAGGGCCUACGGGUCACCCCCCUCUCCCCCAGGUCACUCGAGGUCGUGUGGGAAGGUCACCGGCCUACGGGUAGCCCCUCCCCCCCUCCCCCCUCUUCCUCAGUCCUCCUAGGGGGGGGAGGAGGAGGAGGAGGAGGAGGAGAGGAGGCGAAGAAGAGGAAGAAGGUGGAAGUGGAGGAAGAGGAAGAGGAAGAGAAGAGAAGGAGGAAGAAGGAGAGAACGCCGGUGACCGGUUACGUGAUGUAUUAUAUGCAGGUCGGCUCGGCGGAAGAGCACGAGGUGGAGGUCAGUCCCUCCGCGACCCGACACGACCUGGAAGGCCUCGACGAGUUCACCGAGUACAGCGUGUGGCUCGUGGCCGUCAACGCCAACGGGGCCGGCGACGCGACGCGGGAGGUGACGGCCAGGACCUUCUCGGACGUACCCACGAGGGAGCCGCAGAACGUGACGGUGGAAGCGGCCAGCUCUAGGAGCCUCAUCCUACGCUGGGAGCCCCCCCCACCCCAGGACCAGAACGGCGUUAUCACCGGCUACAAAAUCCGCUACAAGGAACGAGGGAAGGCAGGCUCGACCAAGACGAAGACGACCGACGGCAACCGCAGGCUCUUCGCCCUCACGGAUCUGAAGAGGAGCACGCAGUAUUCUAUUAAGCUCUCUGCCCUCACGGUGAACGGCUCGGGCCCGUCGACCCACUGGAUCCCAGCCGAGACCUUUGCCAACGACCUCGACGAAAACCGCGUCCCCGAUAAGCCGACGAGCCUCAGAGCAUUGGCCAUGAAGGACCACAUCAGCGUAAAGUGGCAACCUCCGCAACUGCAGAACGUAAUGGUGCGAGGCUACACCAUCGGCUGGGGCAAAGGGAUCCCUGACGUGUAUUCCAAGAUCGUCGACAGCAAGCAGAGGAGUUACGUCAUCGAAGGAUUAGAACCCAACGCAGAGUACGUCAUCAGCCUACGAGCGUUCAACAGCGUGGGCGACGGACAGCCGGUCUAUGAGCAGGUCCGCACGCGUCCUCCUGAGCCUCCUUCCGCACCCACCCUCACCCCCCCGGUGGGUCUCAAGGCCGAGGUUCUCACGCCCUUCACCGUCGCUCUGCAGUGGACCGACACGACACUGAAUCGAAACCAGUACAUCAGCGACACGCGUUUCUACACCGUGCGCUACACACACCUUCGCCUCGGCCACGUCCUCAGCCCCAGGUUCCGUUACCGCAACGCCUCCGACGUCACCUGCCUCAUCGACAACCUCAAACCCAACACGGUGUACGAGUUCGCCGUCAAGACCAUUAAGGGCCGCCGAGAAUCCCCGUGGAGCCUCGUGACCUCCAACACGACCCUGCAGGCCCGCCCCUCCUCCCCCCCGCGGGAUAUCACCGUCGUCCCCAUCCCCGGCGAGCCCCACACGAUAGUCUUCAAUUGGCAGCCUCCGAAGCAGGCCAACGGCAAGAUCACAGGCUACCUCAUCUUCUACACGACCGACGCCAACGGAGACUGGGUCAUGGAGGAGGUCAAGGGCGACCGCAUGACCUUCCGUGUGCACGGCCUGACACCGGCCACCCUCUACUAUUACAAGAUGCAGGCGCGCAACGUCAAGGGCUUCGGGCCCCUGUCCGGGGUCGGGAACUUCACGACGAUGGUGGCGGGCUUGGACCGAGCGACGGCCGUGCCCCCGAGCCCCGGCUGGUUCCUGGACCAGAGCAGCCUCAUUGUCCUGGCCGUGGCGGGGGUGGGGGGGGCGCUGACCGUCCUAGGGGCCCUGGUGGGGUUGGCCCUCUACUGCCGCCGGAACAAGCCCAUGCCCAGGCACGGCAAUCUAUCGCACCGCGGGGCAGGCAAAUCCAGCACCGGCCUUGGAGGUAGCGGCUUAGGCGGCUCGGGAGGAGGCGGACAGCCCGAGCUCAAACCGCCCGACCUCUGGAUCCAUCACGAUCACCACCUGGAGAUGAAGAACCUCGAUAAAGGAGACGACAGAAGAGGAGGCGGAGGAGGGGGGAUGUCUUCGCCUGACCGGGAGACGGCGGUCGAUCUCACGGGUCCUGACUUUGACCGCGAUGAUAAAAACAAUACAUACACGUCCACAUCGACCCUCGACAGACGCACGCCAUACCAGUCCACCUAUCUGCUGGUGGGCGGCAGCACGUCGAGUAGCGUGUACAGUGAGGGCCCCCACUCCCUCCACCGUCCUGGGGGGGGAGGAGGGGGAGGAGGAGGAGGAGGCUACUCCCUGGCCCAGUUCCCCCCACCCUCGUCGGUCGGGGUGGUGGGGGGGCUAGGGGGCCUUGGAGGGGUAGGGGGCGGGGGUCCUGCUUCCACCUCGUCACCUGCGGAGAAUCCCUACGGCCCCAACCCUACCAGUCUGGCGGCCAUGCUUGGGGGUCCCUCCAUAGGGGGUCCCCCCCUCCCCCCCCCUCCCCCUCUCCUUGGUUCCUCUCUGGGGAGUAACUGCAGUCAGUACAGCUCGACUCUCCCCGACGGAGCGGGAAGUGGGGGCAGCUCGACCCUCGGGAAGCGCUCGGGAAAUCCGCUGCGGUCCUUCAGCGUCCCCGCCCCCCCUCAGUCGGCGCCCACUACACCUCAGCCGAAGCAUAUGGUGGGCAUGCGACCCCCAGGCAGCGGCGUGACGUCCCCCUUCAAGAAACCCCCCCUCGUCCCACCCCCCCUCGGGCUCGGGAGGCGGCUCGCGGUGGGGCCCGGGCACGGGAGGAGGGGGGGGAGGCCCCCAUCCGCGUCGACGCCCUGCCGGAACAUGAGGAAGCCAUUAUUACAGUUUUUCGAAGCCAGCGAGGCCCUGCUCCACGGCUACUCGACGGAAGAACUCUCGCAGGAAAUGGCAAAUCUUGAGGGACUGAUGAAAGAUCUCUCGGCUAUUACGGCUAAUCAGUUUAAUUGCUAGGAAGGAGGAAUAGGAAAAGAAGGAGAAUAAAGAAGGAAGAAGAAGAAGGAGAAUAAAAGAAGAGAAAGAAGAGAGACAGACAGAGAGAGGGACCGAGGAGGAAAGGAAAAGAAGAGUGAGAAAAGAAGGAAAAGAAGAGAAAGGAGGAGGAUAAGAAAGAAAGAAUUGAGAUAGAGGAGAAGAAUAAGAAGAGAGAAAGAGAAAGGAAGAGGAUAAGAGAAGGAAAAGAAGAGAGAAAGAGAGAAAGGAGGAAAUGCAAAUCUGGAGGGACUGAUGAAAGAUCUCUCGGCUAUUACGGCUAAUCAGUUUAAUUGCUAGGAAGAAGAUGGAGGAGAAUAAAAGAAGAGAAAGAGAGAGAAAGGAGGAGAAUAAGAGAAGGAAAAGAAUAGAGUAAGAAGAAGGAAAAGAAGGGAAGGGAGGAGGAUAAGAAGAAGGAAAAGAAGAGAGAGAGAGGAGCAUAAGCUUCGAGUCCCGUGCCAACCACGACACCGAAAACCAACAAACGAUUCCCUUCUCUGGGGCUGAACGGCACUCUGAACAACCCCCUCCCCCCCCCUCCCCCCC